CAGCACUACAGUUAAUGACAGUUGCUAAAAAUGUUAGCGAAUUUUGAUAAAUAAAUAAUCAUUAUUUUGUAUCAUUUUGAUUAAUUUGUGUGUAUUAUAAAUGGAAAUGGAGGAAAGAAUUAAAUAUUGCCAAGCUUGCCUGAGUAUUGGCCGUAAAUUAAAUCCGAUAUGCGAGUUACAAACGUUACUGCAAAACAUUUCAUUUUGGGAGUUUCCUUCCCAAUACGGUGGAGUGUGCUGGGAGUGUCGCCAGAUAAUGUCAAAGUUCUCGGCAUUUAAAUCACGCGUACAAACUGCUCAACAACUGCUGAAUAGUUGUAUUGAGACCCAUAACAUAAAAUCUCUUAGCACUUUAACAAUUAGAAAUAAUUCCGAACAAGACUACAAAUUCAAUUUCGACCCUCUUACCGAUUCAAACACAACAGUUGACAACAACAACAAAUCACAGAAUGAGGAAUUAUCAGCAGAAAUAACAAUUAAAAUAGAAACUGUAGACGAAUAUCCUGAAAUAUACCACGAAUCUGAUUACGACGAAAAAGUAAAUGAAGAAUUAAUUAAUGAAAUAGAGGGAUAUGAAGAAAAACCAGCAACAAGUUUGUACGUAGGAAUUUUAGAUGCUGGAAAGAAAAAUGGCAGGAAGAAUUUGAAGAAGACAUUAGAGCAAGACUCGGAGGAAGAGGUGAGAGAGAAGUUUACAACCGUACAGUUUACGGAAGAAGAGAUGAUGAGUAAUAGAGAAAGGAAGAGAAAUCAACCGAAUUUUAAAAAGAUACCGUAUAAGUGUGAUUCUUGUGUGCUGGGGUUCACGAGGAAAGAUACGUAUGAUGUACACAUGAUGAAGAAACAUGACGAGAACAUAGGCUCCCACAUGUGUCCAGUUUGUGAAGUGAGGUUCACAACGUUGAAGCAAGUCGAUAAACAUAAGACCAAACACUACGUUUGUUACCGGUGUAAGCUGUGCAAGUAUGAGACGUUGGAGCUCUGGUCUGCGUUAAGCCAUUGCCGUACCAAGCAUACGGUAGAUCAAGUUGAAAGCAUACAUUGUCCGUACUGUGAAUAUGUUGCCAGGACUCCCGAAGAUAUGUCCCAGCACAUGACGACAGACCACUCGCUGUAUUGUAACGAGUGUGGGGAGAAAUUCAAAGCACUGAGCUCUCUCAAAAAACAUGUCAAAAGAAUCCACGCGGUGAAAAGGGAAUUCGUCUGCGAUAUAUGUUCGAAGACGUUCAGAACUAAGUCGCGGUUGGAGUCACACAUGGUCACCCACAACUCUACUAUAGCUCAGAAGCUCUCCUACUGCGGCUCUUGCAAAGUGCAGUACAAGAAUAUAUACGUGUAUAGAAAUCAUUUGAGGACUAGCGCCAACCACGCGGAACAGACUUACCCAUGUUUGGAUUGCAACAAACAGUUUGCGUCCAAAGAAUAUUGGAAGAAACACUACAAUUUCUACCACUUGAGGAAAUCCCAGUUUCGAUGCGAACUCUGUAACAAGCUGUUUAUAUCAGACUGGCGGCUGAAAAACCACAGGCAAACCCAGCAUGGGCUCAGCAGGUCCCGGGACCACCACUGCAACGUUUGUGGGAAGCAGUUCUUUACGCUGUCUACCCUGAAAGGCCACCAGCUCACUCAUUCAGAUCAGCGUUCGUUCAUGUGUGAAGACUGCGGCGAUACUUUCAAGCAGCGACCAGCUCUGUAUACUCACUGUAAACUAGUCCACAGAGGGUUAAAGAGGCGGCGACGGGUUACCGACAAGAAUUUAUACUAGUUUGAUAGCUUUGAAUUGAAGGGAAGAGAGGAAGGGGUAGACCUAGGAGAACAUUUAUGAAACAAAAGAGAAGGUGCAGGUCGUGUCGUAUCAGGAGGUGAAGGUUUUGGCGGGAAGGAGAGAGGAAUAGCGAUUACUCCACCGACAAGAGCGAAGCUGUUAAAUGAAGAGAGAGAGAGAGCUUCGAAUCCCGGUGGGGACAAAUCACUUUGUGAUACCAAGUUUGGUUAGGACAUUACAAGCUGAACUGAUUGUCCGAAAUUAAGAUGAUCCGUGCUUUGGAAACGUUGAGCCGAAUUAGACUACUUGGAAACUCACAGCUCUUAAACAUACGGGAUCUAGCAGUUCUGAAUAUGAACCAUAGGUGGCGCUUAUCGGGAGUUUAAACGCGCUAACGAAGUUGUCACAGCUCGCGCGACGCUUGUACAGAUAUUUAUUUAAUUGAAAUAAUGGCCCCGAUUCCUGCAGACACCGCCUAAUUUUAUUUUAAGUUAUAUCCGUCAUUUUCAUAUCCGUCGAAAAGGAAAGGGACGGAUGAUUCACAGCUCUUAAUUUUAGGAAGAAUGAGUAAAUGAAUGAAUAACCCGGGCGAAUCAAAAGGUACGUCGCUGGUAUGCAAUCCGUUUGACGUGCUGUCUACUUAACUGUGUCGGGUUAUUAACGGAUGUAAAAUUUUUAGACGGUUGGUUUAGAUUUGUGCUUAAAAUUGACGUGUGUUCCAUAAAUUUUAUGCUUGUCGAUUACCCGUCCCUUUCCUUUUCGGCGGAUAAGAAAAUGACAGAUAUAACUUAAAAUAAAAUUUGAUGGUAUUUACAGGAAUUAGCACCAAUGUUUAUACUUAAAAUUGUAAAUAUAUGAAAUUGUCAAUCAAUGUGGUACAAAAAUAAAAGAUGUAUGUUGUGAAA